CUGGAGUCAAAACACUGAGGGAAGCUGGGUCUCGGGCACAGAGAGCCGGGAAACAAAGUUGCGCUCAGUCCUUAGAAGGCUCUGACGGGGAGGGAGGGGGAGACUUUGGGGUGGAGCAGAACACCCUUCGGAGUAAAAGGGAGGCCCCCACUCUUUCCUACUCUGAGGUGGGAAGCUUGCUUGCUUGCUUGGCACGCCCUCCUCCUCCUCCUCCUCCUUUCUUCUCUCGCCAAGCUCCAACUUGGGCGCAAAACUGAACCCAGGUGCUGUGGGAGCCCCGUUUCCUUCCCCUUCCUCGCUGGGUUUAUUUCCCUCCCUUCCCUCCUUCUUCUCCUUUCCCUCCCUCCCACUUUCUGCCUCUUCCCACCCACUUCGGCGGCUCAGUCAGGAGGCGAUGCGGGGGAAUGGCAGAAACACGUGAAGGAGAAGCCGAGAGGGACAAGGAGGCUCUUUGCAGCGCCUCCAACCGAGCCUGGGGCUGAACGAGGCCGCGGGGCGACGUCGAAGCCCCCCCAAGAAGGAGAGGAGGCAGGCGUCGUGGUGCUUUCCCUUCCCGGAGGGGCUCCUCCUUCAGCCCUUGCUUUGGGUCCUCCUUCGAGCUGACAGGUGCUCCUUCGAGGCCCCCCUUUUUUCCCCUUCACCACUUUGGUCAGCCUUGCUCCGGAUUAUGCUCUAAACCCCAAGGGAACAGAGUCGGAGGAGAAAACCCUGGAGACGCCGGAGCGAGAGAUCAAAAUAAAAAAGGGAGGGAGAGUGAGACACGGGGGAAAAAAACUUUUGGAUGGGAUUAUGUGGAAACUACUCUCGGAGUGCUGCCGCCGCCGCGUCCUCCUCUCCAGCGGGGCAGCCUUUGUGGGCUGGUGGCGGGGCUGAGAAGAAGGAGAAGGGGAGGACUCCUUGAGCGAACUCGAGAAGGGAAGGGAAGGGGAAAAAAGGCUCUCCGUGUGCUGCGUGGCUCGUGAGAACGCUCCGACUCUCGCCCUCCCCACCCCGUCUUGCCCAAAUGCUCCUCUUCGGGCUCUUCUGGCUGACAUCUGCCCUGGCGGCGCAAGCCGAGCUGAACCUCAGCAGCAAGUUCCAGUUCUCCAGCGCCAAGGAGCAGAACGGAGUGCAAGAGCCACAACAUGAGAAGAUUAUUACAGUGUCUUCCAAUGGAAGUAUUCACAGCCCAAAGUUCCCAUAUACUUAUCCCCGCAACACAGUACUGGUGUGGCGAUUAGUAGCAGUGGAGGAGAAUAUGUUGAUACAGCUCACAUUUGAUGAACGGUUUGGGCUUGAGGACCCAGAAGAUGAUAUAUGCAAAUAUGACUUUGUAGAAAUUGAAGAGCCCAGUGACGGCAGUAUUUUAGGACGGUGGUGUGGUUCUUCUGCUGUUCCAGGAAAACAGAUUUCCAAAGGGAACCAGAUCAGAAUCAGAUUUGUUUCUGAUGAAUAUCUUCCUUCUGAACCUGGAUUCUGUAUCCAUUAUACACUUCUCACAUCACAUCAUACAGAGUCUGCCAAUCCAACUGUGCUACCACCAUCAGCUCUGCCAUUAGAACUGUUAAACAACGCUGUUGCUGGAUUUAGUACAGUGGAGGAACUUAUCAGAUACCUUGAACCAGACAGAUGGCAACUGGAUUUGGAGGAUCUAUACAGACCAACAUGGCAACUUCUUGGAAAGGCAUACAUUCAUGGGAGAAAAUCUAAAGUUGUAGAUUUGAAUCUUCUUAGAGAGGAAGUACGAAUGUACAGCUGCACACCACGCAACUUCUCUGUGUCACUGCGUGAGGAGCUAAAGCGAACAGACACCAUCUUCUGGCCGCUUUGUCUGCUGGUUAAACGUUGUGGUGGAAACUGUGCCUGCUGCCAGCAUUCUUGUACUGAGUGCCAAUGUGUCCCCACAAAGGUUACCAAAAAAUACCAUGAGGUCCUGCAAUUGAAGCCAAGGAACGGUGUUAGAGGACUGCAUAAAUCUCUGACUGAUGUACCUUUGGACCACCAUGAGGAGUGUGACUGUGUGUGUAAAGGGCAUUCGGAAGGAUAAAAGGAACUACAUGUGCUUCUCCUUCUUUGCAGUACAUACAAAGAGUGGCUGAUGUUGUUCUGGGGUUGUGCAUUAAUUUCCUUCUGUAAUCUCAGUUGUUUGCUUUGAGAAUCUUCGGUCUUCAAGAUCUGACACUACUGGGGCACACAGAGAGAAGAAACCAAGCUGGGAUUAUAUAUGCAAUGUAACAGGAAGGUUGCUUGAAGGCCCCCUAUCAGGAUGAAGAGAAGAAGGCAUCAAUGUGGGAUUGUUUUCCCCCUCAAUAUAUAUAUAUAUAUAUAAAUAUAAUAUCAUCUCCCUCGAACAUCUUAUAUUUUAAAAGAUUGAAGUUUAGAAGUGUAGGGAAAAACAAUAGUCAAAGAAAACUUGGACUGCUUAUUCUUGCAAAGUUUUGUUUGCAGGUUUUAUUUUGUUCUUCUUGGUCUGUUACUUCUGGUUUAUAUUAAGAAUAUCUGGAAUUACUCUUAACUCAACUCACCAACACCUGUAUAUUUAAAAUCAAAAGUGUUUUUAAUUGUCUUACAGACAGUCUUAUUCUGAUUUAAAUUUAAAUUUUGUCACUGAUGCAAGUAGAAAAUGAUAGACUUUCUAGUAAGGUUCCUGUUGUUUACUAAACAUUCAGUGGUCAGUAUAUGUGAAUAAGGAAGAAAAAAAUGACAUUCAAGGUGUGGCUCUUUUCUUGUUCUUAUGCCCUGCAAGUAUUUUUGUUUGUUUAUAAUUUUAUUGUGUACAUUUUUAUACUCUCUUUGACAGCAUAACUAUUUGCUUUUCUAAUCUUGUUAAAUAUAUCUAUUUUUUACCAAAGGUAUUUAAUAUUCUUUUUUAUUACAACGUAGAUAAAAUACUGUUUAGUUUUGUAAGACUUUGGAGUCAGAGUUAUAGAAUAGAGGAAGAAUUACUGUUUCUAAAAGGCAAGGAUCUAAAUCGUGCAUCUGCACAUUAAAAAAGGUAAACAAGGGAUGUGAAAAUAUUACUCUGAAUUUCAUAGUUUUUUUUAUAACUAGCUUCAUAAUACUGGUGGAUGAAAAAAGAACAUAAUAGCGGUCAAACCUCCUCUUCAAAAAAUAGUGCCUCAGUCCAGAUGAGGUCUGUGCACAGAAGCAGGCUUCAGCACAUUUAAAUAAGUUAAUAUAUAUUGGUUGUCACAUGAAGAAACAUUGGCAUAAAUUGAAUAAUAUCACAAUACAAAUGAUAGGGCAGGUAUCCACCUGUGUGCUAUUGUUCUCAGUGGGUUUCAUUGUCAUAAUUUUUUUAUGUGUAUUCCCAUCAACAUUCUGGUGCAAUUACUUAUAAAUAUUUUGAUAUGUGACUAGUGUACGGUCAGGAGGCAGUUGUCUUCAAAAAAAUCAUGAACCCAAAACAGAGAGGCCUGUUCUAUCUCAUAGAACUCAUCUGAGCAAAUUUCUACUGCGUAUAGUGGAACUUUCUUUCUAGUAAAUAUGAUGAAGAUAUAGUCUUAUUUCAUUGUUAAAUUAAGAAGUGAAAGAAAGAUUGAGAAGAGCAUAACUAGCAUACAUAAAGUGCCUCCAGAAUACAUAACGUGCUCAUGAAAAAGACACAUAUAUUUAUUGCUACAGGUGUAAGGUUUUUAUUUUUAAUAUUUUAUUAUUUUUAUUAUUAUUAUUGAUUGUUAUUUCCUCAUAAGAACAGUGGGCUUCCAGUAUUCUAGUGAUGUAUAAUAUAGUUUCGUGAAAUGCAGUUUUGUUUAUGUACAGUCUAUAUGUAAGCCAGCACAUUUAUCCCACCCUUUGCAAGCUCUGGAAAAAGCAGUAAAAUAUUUUGCUUGUAAAAUGCUUCAA